GUUGUUUUGAUCAGCUGCUUUUCCCGGAGAAGUUCUUAUAGAGAUUUUAUCAGGAGUUCAAGUAUUCCCGCAGGAUGUCUUUGAAACAAUUCGUGAACAAGUACAUGGUGACAAUUGUUAUGAUUCCCUCAAUCAUUGCAAUUCACAUUGGAUGGACAAAAAUUCAGAAUGUUGAGAGUCUCGUAGAUAAGGAUGAAAAGGCAGAUCUUCCCAUUGUUAUUGCAGCAAAGAAACUCUAUAAUGAUUACAUCAGCAAGCCCCAGGAUGAACAGAAGGAGAAGGAUAGAUGAGAUGCCGGCCAAUUGGGAUAACUCUCAAAUAAAUGUUUUAUUAGAAUUUUCAAUUUGUGAUAGAAAGAUGCAGAAGAAAUAAAUUUAUUUAUGUUA